AUUGUUGAGAGAGAGAGAGAGAGAAAGAGAUGCAUCCUUCGAUGACUUAUGAUAAACGAGAAGAAACGGCAAUAUCUUGGAAGGGUUUUAACUAUUUGGCAGUUGCGGAGUGCAGAGAUAGUAACAGAAGAGCGAAACGAUGCCGUGUCUCAACCUCACUACCAACGUCUCACUUGACGGCGUCGACACCUCUUCCAUCCUCUCCGAAGCCACCUCCUCCGUCGCCGCUAUCAUCUGCAAACCCGAGGCCUAUGUGAUGAUUGUGCUGAAAGGAUCAGUACCCAUAUCUUUUGGUGGGAAUGAGCAGCCAGCGGCUUAUGGAGAAUUGGUGUCCAUUGGUGGCAUUAACCCUAGUACGAACAAGAAAUUUAGUGCUGCAAUUGCUUCAAUUCUCGAAACCAGGUUGUCUGUGCCCAAGUCGAGGUUCUUCUUGAAAUUCUAUGACACUGAGGGUUCCAACUUUGGAUGGGAUGGAUCUACAUUCUGAAUUUCAUGUUACUUUGAUUGUGGUACGUUGUACAUUGGAUGGAGUCUUCAUUAUGUUUUUUCACCUGUGUUUAUGUCUAUGUUUGAAGUCAUAACUCAUAUAAUAUAUGUAUAUGGGGUUUCUUGUACCCUAAGCGUGGUCAUCAUGCAAAUGUAACUUCAUUAAUUGAAAGGAUAUAUGGGGAUCAUAUACGUUUAUGACACUGUGAUCAGAUCAACAUCUUGAUCCUUAUGUUAUUGGUAAUAGUUCUAUG